AUGAUCUCCACACGAAAAAUAUUUAAUACAGUUUUUACCCUUUUUUCGACGCUAACAGAGGCUCAGAAUAUCACCGCUCGAAAUGGCUUCGUUACUUGCACUGUGCCAGACGCGGGCAAAAAUAACCUAGAGAAUUUGCAAUGCAGCGAUUCGCAGUUCGAAAUCGACGGGACGAUCAAAGAAAGUACAAAAUGCACGUUUGAUUGUAUGGACGGAAUGGCUCUUAUCGGCGAUGUUUCCGAAUUGGUUUGUAGAGACGACGGAAAUGUCGAGUUUCUCGGCUUCUGUAAAUGCGCCGAGUGUUGCGAUGCUCCGCCGUAUAAGCCCGAUCUGAGCAUUACCUGCUCGAAUGGGUACAGAAAGAAGUCAACGUGCGAGGUUUCAUGUCUAACUGGAGUUCUUGAUCCAGUCGACAGUCCAACGACCAUCACUUGCCAGAAAAAAGAAAAACUUUGGACAGCUCCUUGGCCUGAUUGUAUCUCCGGAGAAACAACCACGGAAACAAUCACCACAACAGAGGCAGUAACAGAAACGACAGCUGAACUAACAACACAAACGACCUCUUUCGUUUCUACGUCAAUUAUUACAACAACAACAACUGCACCGCAAACGACUCUUGCAGAUAACGAAGACAACUCGAUUGUUGGCCUUAGAAUAGAAAUUCUCGGUCCGACGACCAUUCAAAUGACCUGGAACGAUUUGAGCAACUUCGGAGGUCAGCGAGCAUCAGGAAGCGUGCAAAAUAUAACGGUACUUUUGAACUCGAUCAUCUUGACCAAGAAAUUGAUAUAG